GACCUGAGAGGCAGCUGUAUGCGGAGAUACAGAGAGCUUUGCUCGGCAUCCAAGCGAAGUUGGAAAAGAAGAACUGGAAGACGGAUAAGCGGACCUUGCAGCUACUCAAAGAUAUGUACAAAUUGGACAUGUUGGAUCAUGGCAGCGAUGACAAGGAAAUGGAUGAGAUAGAUGACAGGGGCGAACUAGACAUAGAUCAGACAUGUUUGGAUACCAAUCUCGAUCCAUUGGCCAAGGAGAUGGCUGAUGAGGCGGAGAGCUUCGCUUCAUACUCUAGACUCUGGGAAUAUAAAUGGGGGAAAACCCGUGGUUUCUUCACAGACCCAACGGUUUUGAGUUCAAUGCAGUUUACACACUACACGCCUGGACGCCUGCCAUACAGCAUGGAGUGUUCCACACUGGAAACCUUGCAGAUCAUCUCCAUCGAACUCACUGAACUUGCUGAUGGCCUUGAGUUGCCAUUGUCUGUGUAUGGUGUGGUUGCGGUCCGAGACAUGUUGGAUCACAACCGAAACAUUCUCUUCUCUCGAGAUUGGAGAAAUCCCCAAGAACUGAAACAGAAUGAUCCGUUUCUUCCCUUGACUGGUCCAUCACGUGCAAUCGUGUUUAUGGACAAGGUUUGCAUUGAAAUCAAUCUAAGGGUAAAAAGCGGGGCAUACUCCCAAGAUAAAGCGUUGAUCAGUUGUGUGCGACGUUACACGGGAGUAAAUGGUCCAGGCGUGUCUACCAUCUGCUUCAAGAAUAGCUUGUGCACCGUAGAGGUGUGCUUGCAGCCAGUUAAACAAACGGUCCAGGCCACUAUCUUGGGUGUCCAGGUUGCCAGUGAAGAUGGAUCCUGGCCUUUAAAAUAUGGCGGCCUAGUUGCUUGCUCUCCACAAUCAGGGAAACGUGUGUUCACUGAUAGUGGAUACACGCGUAGGAUUAAUCCCUCAUCCACCCAGAUUGUGCUGAUUGAUUCACGAGAUGAAGCAAUGCCGAAAGGUGAAAAUGGUCAUGUACUUCUGCGGAGGCAAGUUGUUUCUGUACAUCUUGAUGGAAGGUUGGACUUUUUCAUAAAAGCCUACUCCCAAUCUGGUGAUAUCGCUGCAGAAACUCGUGUUCAUUUCUAUCCCAAAGUUUGCAACAUAAGCCAGAAGAAAUGUUACCUUGGUGAUGCUGGGGUAACUGUUACUGUUGCUUGGUCCGUUGUUGCGGCGAACAAGACGGAACUUUGUCUCGAGGAGGGUGCCCUACUCAAUUCAACUGGUAGCGAGCCUUUGAUGUGCAAGGAAGCCGAGGAGGAGCCAGGAAAGAGACCUGAGAGGCAGCUGUAUGCGGAGAUACAGAGAGCAUUGCUCGACAUCCAAGAGAAGUUGGCAAAGAAGAACUGGAAGACGGAUAAGCGGACCUUGCAGCUACUCAAAGAUAUGUUCAACAAAUUGGACAUGUUGGAUCAUGGCAGCGAUGACAAGGAAAUGGAUGAGAUAGAUGACAGGGGCGAACUAGACAUAGAUCAGACAUGUUUGGAUACCAAUCUCGAUCCAUUGGCCAAGGAGAUGGCUGAUGAGGCGGAGAGCUUCGCUUCAUACUCUAGACUCUGGGAAUAUAAAUGGGGGAAAACCCGUGGUUUCUUCACAGACCCAACGGUUUUGAGUUCAAUGCAGUUUACACACUACACGCCUGGACGCCUGCCAUACAGCAUGGAGUGUUCCACCCUGGAAACCUUGCAGAUCAUCUCCAUCAAACUCACUGAACUUGCUGGUGGCCUUGAGUUGCCAUUGUCUGUGUAUGGUGUGGUUGCAGUCCGAGACAUGGUGGAUCGCAACCGAAACAUUCUCUUCUCUCGAGAUUGGAGAAAUCCCCAAGAACUGAAACAGAAUGUAUGUAUUCUACUAUCUUGAUUUUCUUUUUGUUGA